AUGACCACCACGCACAGCCAGCCGGCGUUGGAGCGCACGCCGUCCAAGCACAAGGAGCGCGAGCGGGAACGGGAACGAGAGCGUGAGCGGACGGAGACAACCAACAGCAGCGGCAAUAGCAGCGGCCUGGGCAGUGCUGGCAGCCUGCCUGCCUCGCCGCAGAGUGCGGCCACAGUUAGUCCUGGCACGCCCACAACGCCCAAGCGACCGCUGCGCACAUCGACGCCCUCGGUGGAGCAGCGGGCAUCCAAAAUCAUAAGCACCGCCAGCACCACGGUGCCCACAACAACGCCAACGAGUGGCGCCAACUUGGCGGCCGCCGAGCAGCUGCGCAUCCCAACGGGCGCGGCGGCAUUCAGCGGCUUCCCCGGGCUGCACAGCAUGAGCAGUCUAAUGGUGCCCUCGUCGGCGGCGGUCGCGGCCGCUGCGGCUGCACCUUUCCUGCCCUGGUCGCCCAUACUGCUGCCCCCUUGGAGCCAUGCUCUGCUGCCCGCCGCAUUUUAUCCGGCGGCUCUGCGCAACGCUUUGCCCGGCCUCUUUGAUGCCAAGGUGCCGUCCUCGCAGCGUUCCGGCUUUCAUAUAUCCGACAUACUCAAUUUGGAUGGCUCCGAGCUGAAGAGCGCUGCAGCGGCAGCGGCAGCGGCGGCGCAUCAUACCCACAGCCAUAGCGCGGAACUGGGCUCGGAGUCCAGCAAUGGGCAUGGUCAUCCAGCGCCAGCAACACUGUCGCCGACGCCCAGCUCAGUACUGCCGCCGCCACCGCCGCCCAGCAGCGGGGAUGAGCAUGUAGCACCCGCGGCCCAUGGUGAUCAUCAAACCACGGAGCACAGUGCGCAGUCGGCGCACCAUCAGCAGCAGCAACACCUCCACCUUCACCAGCAACAGCAGCAACAACAUCAUCAUCCGCAUCUGCACCAUCAGCCGCAUCAGCCCGUUGCCCCGCUGCACUUGCCCCAUCAUCAGAGCGCUGGCGGCGCUCAGCCGCCCAUGCCCCAUAUGGGCGCCCAUGCCCAUGCCGCUUCAGCGCAGGCCGCUGCCCAUCUGCUGGCCAGUCACAAUGCAGCGGCCGCUGCGGCGGUUGCCGCCGGCCAAUAUCUGCCGAAGAACUUUGCCGGCAACUUCGGCGACGAAAUGUCCUCAUACCAUCACAUGGCCCAAACAAUGCUCUCCCACUCGGGUCGCAGUGCAUGGAUCAAGGAGAACGAAAUAUAUGGCACUCAGCAGCCGGCCAGCCCGGACAGCACCUCGCCCGUCACGUCGGAGGUCUCCUACACUUACAUAGGCUCCAAUUGCCAAACGUCGCCGGCUCUCUCCGGCGACUACAAGAGCUACAGCCGUUCAGCUGACAGCGAUGCGCUCUCCGUAGGCGAUGCGCUACACACGUUGCAUGCUGGCGGUGCAGCCGGUGUCAGCUCAGCGGCGCAUGCGUUGCAUAACAACAACAAUAAUAAUAACAAUAAUAAUAAUAAUAAUAACAACAACAACAAUAGCCUGAAGCAUGACGCAGGUGCCGGCAGCGGCAGCGCCCAUGACGACAGCCUGAACGAGGAUGGCAUCGAAGAGGACAUCGAUGAUGUGGACGAUGCGGAUGGCAGCGGCGGCGGCGGCGUCAACGCCGACGGCAUGCCCAACAAGAAGCGCAAACGGCGCGUUCUCUUCACCAAGGCGCAAACAUACGAGCUGGAGAGGCGUUUCCGGCAGCAGCGGUAUCUAAGCGCACCGGAGCGCGAACACUUGGCCAGUUUGAUAAGGCUGACGCCGACUCAGGUGAAGAUCUGGUUCCAGAAUCAUCGCUACAAGACCAAGCGGGCACAGAACGAGAAGGGCUAUGAGCAUCCGGGCCUGCUGCAUGGGCAUGCCACACAUCCGCAUCAUCCGUCUGCGCUGCCGUCGCCACGACGCGUCGCCGUACCCGUGCUGGUGCGCAAUGGCAAGCCGUGUCUGGGCGAUGGCUCCAAGCUGACGCAGGAUUGUGUAAGCACUGCCACCGCGAUGCAGAAUGCCGCCGCACAUCAUCUGGUGGCGCUGAACGGUGCCGCCGCCUAUCAGCAUGCGGCGGCUGCCGCAGCGGCUGGUCUCCACGCCCAUGCCCAUGCCCACGCCCAUCCGCAUGCGCAGCGCGCCGCCUGGUGGCCCUAAUAUUGCUAGCUGCCUAGAUUCGAGUUGGCCGAGCCGGGUGGGAGCGGCCAAAUGACUGGUAACUCGAAUACUGGACAAUAAACUCGCUGUCAAAGUCGCAGCUGUGUGACACUGCCACAAAUUGUGGCACAUUUCGGUUGGGAAUUCGAACAAACAAACAAAAUUGGUGCAAUAAUAUAUAACAAUGGGUCGACAACAAGCAAUUGACGCACUCUCCUCUACUCCAACUCUCCGUCUCCCGUCUCAAAAAAUAAAAUUUAGAAAAAGCAAAAAAAAAAAAAAAACAAGCGGAAGGCGUCAGCUGCCACAAGCUUGUGGCAAGGCCAAGCCGGGAGCAGCAAGUGCUCAACUUGAAGAAAUCUUCGCCAAGCAAAAGUUGUUGUUGCAUGUUGCAUGUUGCAUGUGCAACAAUGUCAACAACAUAUAUCAUUCGUGUAAUAAAUCGCUAUAAAUACAAAUACAUUUUUUUCCUGCAGCUCUAAGGCUGCGGGCCAUUUAGCCAUAAGUUUUUUUUUUUACCUUUUUUUUUAACAAAAGUCGUUAAUACCUAUAAAAUACUAGAUAUAGAGACAAGUUUUUUUUUUCGCCUAGACC